AUGAAAUCAAAACUGGGGAUGUCCGAUCCGAAGUCGGAUUGGCCGAGAGAUAGAAAGAAUGGAAAGAUGGUGGAACCACGGGACUUAGAGGAGCAAAUCAUGAUUUCGAACCAGUUGCAGUCAGCGAAGGUGAACACCUUGAUGAAAUCAAUUAGCCACUUGCAGAAGGAAAACCUCUCCCUGCAAAGGGGUAGCCGUGAAGCAAGCAGGACUAGCCAGUACAAAAAGAUCCAGGAUGAGCUUGGACAGCAAGACGUACUGAUUGAUGUUCUACAAGGUUGUAUUGGUACUGCGAAGGCCCAGGAACUCAUGAUGAAUGCUAUAGAGUCUCUUGAAUGUGACGAUACGCGCUGCGCAUCAUGCAACUGUGACGAAGAACUGGUGAAGUGUGACGAUGGAUCUUGGCUUUGCAAGCACUGCUAUGGUCAACGUAUGUGGAAAGAGCCGCCUGACACGAUCGAAAAGAGGAGCAAAACUUCCAAGAUGACAAAGUAUCCAGAGUCCAAAGAAAAGCUUCAAAAGGAGUGCCAGGCUGUGGAAAAGGAAUUGAUUUGCACCAGACGCUUGCUAAAGGCCAAAAAUUCUCCCGUGAGCGUAGCAUUGCCCAAAUCAGCUUUAUUCAACACAUCCGCAGCUCUGGCAAACAUACUGGCUGGUUAUGUGCAGCGCGCAGACCAGCUUGAAAAAGAAAAUGUAUCCCUGCGAAAUCAUCGAGAACAGUUGGAGAAUACUCUGGAAGAACAGGAGUACGAACACAGACAGCGAAUUCAGCAACCCCAGGAAUUUGAAUGGGAAAACCAAGCCUCCGUGGCUUCUAUUCAGGACUUGCAGACCAGACUUCGGCUACGAACCAGCGAGAUUGACCGAGCCAUGCAAGGUGUUGCUGAAACACGCCAGAAACUGCUGGAUCAAAACAGCAAGCAGGAAGCACUAAGGACGAAAAUUGAUGCUGCAAAAAAUGAUAUCAACAUGCUGCAGGAAGAGAUGGGCCAAUGGUCUUCUGUGGAAAGAACUGAACAUGCCAAGCAGCUUGACAAGUUGCAGCGCUCAAAAGAGUUGCGGAGACAGCACUUGCUACAAGGACGAGAGCAGCUGAAGGAAGCAAAAACCAAGCUGCGCAAGUCCCUCCAAAGCAUCAGUGACCAGCGAAGUCCUUUGGAGGUUCAGACCAAGAUCAAAGCGCAGGCAAGGAGGCUAAGUUUGUCACUGCGCAAAGCCUUGCAAACCGGCAGGAAAGCUGACUGGUCUGAAUUUUGGUCACAGCUGGACACUGAACAAAGUGUUGGUUUGGAAGCUCCUGUCCAAGAGCUUUUAGACAAGUUUGGUAUCCAGAAUAGUGAGCAGAAUGUGCCGAAGUUGCAAGAACUGAAAGAGGCCUUGUACCACAUGGAGGUUGCAGGAGGAGACAGCAGGAUAUUUGGUCAAUGGGCUGCCUCGAAGAAGAAGCUCCAAGAUGAAUUCCGAGCCGAGGCUUCAUCGAAGCUGGCGGAGUUGCAAAAGCUCGAGACGCUCCUUUCUCAGCAAGAAGCCCAGGUGGGCAAGUUGCAGCAGGAGCGCAUUGCUGCUGCGGAGCACUGCCAAGAAAUGAUGGCAGAGCCACAAGGUUUGGCACCAGGAGCAGAUCGGCUCCCUGUUCCAGCAAGGCUGCUGGUCACAGCACCUGGUAGUUCUGCUGAAGAGGCACGGCAAGCAAUUGCAGCAGCCAAGCAACAACAUGCCUGGGAGAAGCGCUUUCUCCCAAUUGAAGAAAAGGACCUUCCAGCCAUUCAUUUGUCGUCGCUGGAACCUGAUGGAGGCCUUGCGGAUUGGACAGAGAGCCUGAAGCUCCAGGCUGAGCUUGGUCUCCAAGACGAACUCUCCACAAACCCCGUUGUGAUCGCAACCUUUCGCGCGGAACCCUGGAGCAAGUCUGUUCAAGACCUACCUCAAAUUGCCCGCGCCCGGGCGAUUGGCGUUGUGGAGGCGCCUCAUGAAGUUCUGGAAAUGGAAGACUAUGUUGACAAGUUGGAUGCCGUCCACACCGAGUUGCAGGAGACUGUUGCUGAUCUGAAGCUGCGCCUUCAAGCUGCCAGAGUUUUGCUCCGGCAUCACGACCCCAAAGCAGGGUCCCGAUUCUGUGAGCACUGUCCACAUUGUUUUCUGUCCAACUAA